CUUCGUCGCCCGAGCUGAUGGUCAAAGAGACCUAGUUUGUCUUUUCCCCGCAGAGAUGUGAGAAAUACCAAUUUUUUUUGUUGUUGUAUGACUGACUCCAUUUCCAGAAUGAAUCAACUUCAAAGCCUUCUUCAUGAUUCUUUGAUUGCAACGGGUCACGUUCAACAUUGUGCCAUAAUUCGACGAAAAGACACUUCUCUCCGAGCUAGCACUGUUGGAUUUUCGCCAUCUUUGGACAAUAUACAUGCCUUGGUUCAUUCUUUUACAAACAGUGCUCAUGCCAGAAGGGAGGGCCUCAAAUUCCAGGAUACAGUCUAUGAAUGCGUCAGGGCUGAUAGAUUCUCUGUAUAUGCAAAACAUGAAAACAGUGGAAUAAUCUUGGUACGCACUGCAACUUUGCUGUUGGUGGGCACGUAUACACCAGAAAUGAGUCCAAGUAUUUGUGUUGAGGCAGUUGAAAAACUAGCGGACUAUUUCAGGGAAAAAGGAAAGUGACUUGUGCAACACCCAUUUCUACCCUAUACAUUUAUAAACAAUAUCAGGCAACUGGCUGUUAUCAAUAACAAUUGUCCCUGCCAAUUCACAAGGCAGAAUGUUCCAGAGCCGGGUUGUUCAAAGUUGUGUUAAGAUAACCCAGGGUUAGUGUGAAAUUUGAUUUCAGAUCUGAAAGCUCUGAAAGAAAACUCAGUUUAAUUUCAUUUGUCCACAAUUUGAUGAUGGAAUGUCCUAAAAAAAAACUAGGACAAAUUAUCCCAAAAUGGCUUUUGAUUAGAGAAAUUUAGAAACCUGGAUAAAAAAUUUA